AUGUGGACUGUUAAUUCAAUGAAAUUGAACGAUUAUUUUAAACGUUCUACCACGUCAAAUGUUGUGGAAGGACUCAAUUAUUUAUACAAAGAUUCACAUUGUGAUUACUGUGGAGUUGGUAAUUUUAAAUUAAAACCAUGUUAUAAAGAACUAUUUAAAAUAAAUCCGUUGACGCUUAAACUGCUUGAUUCGAAUGAUCCUCAACAAAUACUGGAACGUAUUAAAGAGACUGAGAAUAAGACAGAUAAAGACAUGACUCGGGCUCCUCGUCCAAAACCGUUAUCGGCUAUGGCAUUAUCAAAAGUUUUAUUCUCAGAUGAAGACGCCCGUUGGACACGAGGAACCGAUACAUAA